AUGUCAAAGAAAGAUGAUCACUCCAACUUUGGCGAGCCUGCAAUGGCCCUUGCUGCGUCGGCACAGCACGAAUCCUGCUACACCAAUGCAAACGACGCUUGGAUCAUGGACAGUGGAGCGUCAAUGCACAUCACGCACCGACUUGACUUCUUGCAGGAUUCCGUCGUGACAGUGAUACUGUCCGUACAAAGAGGGAGAGUUCCAUCAUUACACACUAACAAUUCUGGAUAUUCUGGACAAUUUUUGUUGGCAAAUGAGAAUGUAAUUUCAAGCUCUCAAUCAAGUAGCAACUCCUACAUCCCAUCUUUUUUGAGUUUACUUUUAAGAGCUGAGCCAUAUUCAACAUCAAGAUAUAGUCAAAGUAUGCAGCCACAAAAUGUUAUUGGAAUUGACAGUAUUUGUGAGCUGGCAGCAAGACUAUUAUUUUCUGCUGUGGAGUGGACAAGACACAUACCUUAUUUUCCAGAGCUUCAAGUAACAAACCAAGUAGCACUUUUAAGAUUAGUGUGGAGUGAGCUUUUUGUAUUAAAUGCUAGUCAAUGUUCAAUGCCCCUAAAUGUUGCCCCAUUACUAGCAGCAGCAGGUCUUCAUGCCUCACCUAUGGCAGCUGAUAAAGUUGUUGCUUUUAUGGACCACAUUCGAAUUUUUCAAGAGCAGGUAGAAAAAUUAAAGGCUCUACGUGUGGACUCUGCAGAAUACAGCUGCCUGAAAGCGAUAGUCUUGUUUACGACAGACGCAUGUGGCUUAUCAGAUGUGGCUCACAUAGAAUCUCUUCAAGAGAAAGCUCAAUGCGCUCUAGAGGAAUACUGUCGGACGCAAUAUCCUAGCCAGCUAACAAGAUUUGGAAAACUUUUACUAAGACUGCCCUCGCUGAGAGCAGUAUCUUCUCAAGUUAUAGAACAGCUGUUUUUCGUUCGCCUUGUAGGUAAAACACCGAUCCAAACACUAAUACGUGACAUGCUGCUGAGUGGCAGCAGUUUUAAUUGGCCUUAUGUCUUAUCAUCAACAUCAUUUUAAGAACUUUAUAUAAUGUAAUUGUUUGGUACUAAAAAUAAAAAUUUGAAUGUAUUGUA